AGGAGACAUGCAAUGAGACCGCUAUUCUAGCUUAGACCCUUCAUGCAGCGCAUAAAUCUAGUUUGCAUGCGUUUGAUCAAACAAAAGUUUAAAUGUAGUUUUUAGAUUCAUUUAUUUAGAUUCACCCUUCAGACAGAGUUCUUGUUGUUUUAUAAAGUUCCCAUGAGAUUGAUUUAGGAUGCACAACAGAAUGACGGAACCUUCUCUAUGGAAAAUACGCGCUUUGGAUAUUUUCAUAUGUUUGUCCUUUGUUUCUUGGGCUUCUUCUUUCAACAUUGACUUGGAACAUCCCGUGGUGUUCAGGGGACCAAAUGCGACGUUUUUUGGAUAUUCAGUUCUGGAGCAUUUCCAUGAUAACACACGCUGGAUUGUGGUUGGGGCUCCCAGAGCAAAGUCAUCUUUCAGCAGUUCAGUUCAGUCACCCGGCGCCAUCUACAAGUGUCGGAUCCGCAACAACCCAGAGCAACGCUGUACCGAGAUGGACCUCGGAAGAGGAAAUAAGCAGCGAGAGUCUUGCGGGAAGACUUGUCAAGGCGACAGGAACAAUGAGUGGAUGGGGGUCAGCUUGGCACGACAGGACAAACCCAACGGCAAAAUCCUGGCCUGUGCUCACCGUUGGAAGAAUGUAUACUAUGAAUCGGAGUAUAUACUCCCCCAUGGCUACUGCUCCGUCAUCCCAGCCAGUCUGCAGGGCAAGUCACAGCCCCUGAUACCAUGUUAUGAAGACCAUAAGAAGACCUAUGGGGAAGAACAUGGCUCCUGCCAAGCCGGGAUCGCGGGCGUUUUUACUGAGGAACUGGUUGUCAUGGGUGCACCAGGCUCUUAUUACUGGACCGGAACCGUCAAAGUGUUUAACAUGACAUCCAAUACACACUACAACCUUAAUCAAGAUUACACGAGUCCACGGAGAUACAGUUACCUCGGAUAUGCAGUGACUGCUGGUCACUUUUCCUCUCCGACUUCCUUAGACAUUGCAGCUGGUGCACCUCAAGACAGCGGUGGUGGAAAAGUUUACAUCUUCAGAAUUGAGGGAACAUCUCUUGUGAAGUCGUUUCAGGCCUCAGGAAAAAUGAUGGGCUCUUACUUUGGCUCCUCAUUGUGUGCAGUUGACCUAAACGAAGACGGACUGUCAGAUUUGCUGGUGGGAGCACCCAUGCACAGCGAGGUCCGGGAUGAAGGCCAGGUUACUGUUUACCUCAGCAGGGGCAAUGGAGUAAUGGAGGAAGUUGAGAUAUUGAAUGGUAACAAUGCUUACAAUGCCCAUUUUGGAGAGUGCAUCACAUCUCUCGGGGACAUUGAUGACGAUGGUUACCAAGAUGUGGCGAUUGGAGCCCCUAAAGAGGACGAUUAUGGAGGAGCCAUCUAUAUAUACCAUGGCGAUGCCACAGGAAUAGUUAACAAGUACUCUAUGAGAUUGUCUGGGCAAAACAUUAACCCCACCCUCCAAAUGUUCGGCCAGUCAAUUUCCGGCAAUGUGGACAUGGAUGGGAAUGGAUAUCCAGAUAUAACAAUAGGGGCGUUCAUGUCUGACAGUGUGGUGUUACUAAGAUCCAGACCAGUUAUAUCAGUAGACGUCUCUAUCUUCCUGCCCAUCUCUAUCAACAUCACAGUACCGCAGUGUCAUGAAGGUCCUCAGCAUCUCAACUGCUUUAACGUCACAGUCUGCAUGAGCUUUAGAGGGAAACACGUUCCUGGACACAUAGAGCUGUUGUACAAUCUAACGGCUGAUUCAGAUAAGAGACACAAAGGUCUACCGCCCCGGGUGUAUUUCUCAAAUGGCGGAGAGCAGAUGGGUGUUGUGAGUCAGCGUUUCGACCUAGAAAUCAAUCGACAGCAGUGCCAUCGGUACACGUCCUUCGUAAGGAAAGAGGUGAAGGAUGUGUUUGCAGCCAUCAUGUUUGAGGCAGCCUACAGUUUAGGAAAACACAUUCUAGAUGGACAUCAGGACCGCGAUCUCCCCUCUCUGACCCCUGUUCUGCGAUGGAAGAAAGGAGAGAAGAUUGCAGCAAGGAAUGAGACGUGGUUUGAGAAGAACUGUCUGUCAGAGGAUUGCGCCGCUGACCUGAGGCUUCAUGGGAAACUGCUUCUUCCUGGGCUCAGACCUCAUCUGGCACUUGGUGGAGUGAAAAACAUCUCAUUAUAUUUAACCAUCUCUAAUACUGGAGAUGAUGCCUACGAUACUAACAUCUACUUAAACUUCUCCAGGGAGGUCCACUACAUCAACUUCUUACAAAAAGAAGAGAAGGGCAUUUCCUGUGUGCUGGUAGAGCUGGACUUCCUCAAGUGCAGCGUGGGGUUUCCUUUCAUGAGGGCGCAAACCAAGUACCAGCUAUCGGUGCUUUUUGACACAAGUCAUCUAUCUGGUGAAAAUGAUACAGUGCUGUUUUUAGUCCACGCUAGAAGUGCUAAUCCAGAGCAUGACAGCAAACUCCAUGACAACACUUUGGCAUUGUCCAUACCGCUGGUGCAUGAGGUAGACACAACAAUCACUGGUGUGGUAAACCCGGCCUCUUUUGUGUAUGGAAACUCAGUGGAUGCAUCACGCUUCAUUCAGCUGGAAGAUCUGGACUGCAGCUUUCAGCCGCUAAACUUCACCUUUCAGGUGAUAAACAAUGGGCCCAGCAGACUUCCAGGCUCCACCGUGGACAUCAGGAUACCAAACCGGCUGGCUGGUAACGGAGCUGAUAUGUUCCAUAUCAUUGACACACAAGUAUCUGAAGGUCGAGGGAACUGCACGUGGCAUAAAAACCCCACGCCCUGCACAAUUCCACAAGACAAAGAAAGCAUCUUCCACACCAUUUUUGCCUUCUUCACCAAAUCCGGCAGAAAAGUUCUGGACUGUGACCGGCCCGGAAGAGCUUGUCUAACUAUUUCCUGCAGUCUGGGCUCUCAGGCUAAAGAAGAUGCAACAAGUAUAGAUGUGCAAAUGCUACUGAACACUGAAAUAUUACAGAGGGACAGCUCCUCUCUGGUCCAGUUUGUGACACGAGGUCACGUCCAGCUGGACAACAGAGCCAUGGAGGUGUCCAACGGUCUGCCAGAGGAGAUUUCUCUGGUGUUUGAUGCCCUGCACAGUCAGGAACCCAGGGGUUAUGUGGUGGGAUGGAUCAUCGCCAUCAGCCUACUUGUUGGAAUCCUCAUCUUCUUGCUGCUGGCUGUUCUGCUCUGGAAGAUGGGAUUCUUCAGGAGGCAUUACAGAGAGAUCAUAGAGGCGGAAAAGAACAGGAAGGACAGCGAUGAGAGCUGGGAUUGGGUCCAGAAGAGCCAAUGAGAUCUUGGAUCUCAGAAAAUCCAAUAAGCUGCUACCUUCACCACAGCUGUCUCUCUCUAGACCCAGGCCCCGCAAGCUUCCAUAUGUGGAAGAGAAAAUAAUUCUCCAGAUUUUCCGGAGGUUUGACACUUUUUUUUGUGACGUUUGAGGUGACAGUGUGGCCUGCCAGUAAAGACUUGCAGUGGAUUUCCAUUGAGCCCAACGGGAGAAGCCUCUCGCCAGCGGGACGGAAAGAGAGGAAUAGAGAGACUUCCUGAAACGGAUGUGGAUAUCGUGUCAAUACAAUCCGACGAUUAAAACCCUCAGGGCGCUGUUCAAAAGCAAAAAUCUAUUUUUUAUAAAAUGUAUUCCAUACUGUAGAAGAUUGUUUUAAAGCACUGAUGACUGACACACGCCAAAGAGAUGAGGCUAUUCCUUCAAAGGGUUCUGGUGGAAAUCAGUAUUACAAUAAGUGAUUAAAGUUGAUUUGCAAAUUGGACAUUUUGAAAAUGGCUUAUAAGCCUCCGUGUCCCCUCAAGUUCUCAUAAUUUAUAUUUUAUAUAAGGGAUAUUUUGCCUGAAACUGAGCAUACAGUCCACAAAUGUGGUCAUUGUGUUUAACAUUGUGCCGUUUCAAGAUAAAUCUCUCAAAUUUAAAAUGAAACUAGAGAAAUCGGAUGAAACUAGAGACUCUAAUCUUUUGACUCAAACAGGUUUUAAUGUAAACACUUAAUGAGGUUUCUUACCAGAUGUAGUUUUGUUGGCGUUUCUCUCAAAGACAAACUGCGCUGUGAUCGGCACCGUGUUGUUUGAGCACAUGAAUCCGUACGUCGAAUGUUUAACCCUUUACUGACAGCACAGAGUCUCCUGAACUGAGAUCAGUCGGUUUAAAUUAAAUUAAAUUAUGCGUUGCAUAUAGCGAAGCCAAAAUACAACGUCCACGCAUGUGUACGCGGGGUCGAACGAGGUUAAAAAAAAAGCACACAUCUGGGUUACAGUGAGGCACUUACAAUGAAAGUCAAUGGGGCCAAUUUUUGGAGGGUUUAAAGGCAGAAAUGUGACUUAUAAUUGUAUAAACUCACACGUAUCUCCUUCUGUUGAAAACACGCAUGUAUUAUUUAAGCUGUAAAUUUGUUUAAGUAAUUUAAUUGUUUACGGUGUUACGUCAUCAUGGCAAUGAAGUUGUAACAUUUUUAACUUUACACAGAAAAGCAUAGAAAGCAAUUUUAUCACACUAAAAUCAUGUUAACACACGUAUUGUUUACAUCUUUCUGCUAUACUUUUGAAACUGUGUGUAUUUUAACGUUUUUGCAUUGGCCCCCAUUCACUUCCAUUGUAAGUGCCUCACUGAAACCCAGAUUUUUGCUUAUAUUUUAUUUUUUUUAAAGAAAAGGAGGGACGAGUCGAAAUACAUUUUUGUAGUAAUUAACAUUGUACAAAAAUCUAAACUUUAUUAAACCUGGAAUGUUCCUUUAAGUCACAUUUAAAUGUCUGAAGGUUUUUGCAUUAGAUAAAAUAUCAAACUAAGUGGCAUUUAUGUUACAGAAAGAUGCUCUGUUCAAUAUAUUUUAAAUUCACAAGUUCAAACAUUGUUAUGUAUUUUUUUUUUAACUAUAACUGCACUGGAUAAUGAGCCCACUACCAGAUUUUGAUAUUGAUUAUAGUCAUUUGUGGAGUUAUACAACAAACACAUUCCAUUUAUUUGUAGACAAGAUCAUGAUUUACAAUUCCACUGUAACACAAAACGUUUUUCUUCUCUUUCAGUAUUCCAUAAUUCAGGAAUGUUGGAAAUUUUAAGCAACUACUAUGAAAGGCCGUGCUAUAUUGUGAAGUUAGUCAUAUAGUCAGAACAUUAAUAUGCUACAAAAUAACGAUCCGCUAUGGGUGCUGUGCAGAGAUAUGGCGAACGGCUGUUUCUAUAUUGUAUUUUAUCACAGCUGGAACGUUAUAUUGACCAAUCAGCAUUCAGGACCGAAACUGUUUGUGUAUCUGUUUUCAUAAAAGGGAUUUACAGCAUCUUCUGUAUGUUGCACCAUACACGUCCUCCAGCUUUUAAACAAAUCCAUUGAAACGUUCCGACAGCAUAGGCCCGCUUUACGCCAUGUUUAACCAUUUGUAAUGGCCUUAAAAUAGGUGGGAAUAUACAGUACAUCAAAGCUUGUUUAAAGUCAACAUUUUGGAGCUCACUCAGACUCGCUGUCAGACUUCAUAUAUAUUCUGAACUUGUCGUAUACUUCCAUACACACAGCACAGAGCCAAAGACAUUUGUUAUGCUUUUUAUGCAAAGAAUAAUUCUCCUCGCAUUUCAUAGGCUUUCUGUAAGACUCACCAUUUCUUUGAGGUCUACCAUUUGGAUGUUCUGAUAUCUGUGGAAGAAUCGCCAAAAUAAAGUUUGAAUGAUUUGAUCCAUACUCAUCACCACUGGCAUGGCAAACACCUGUUCACAUUUCAUGUCCAACCUGUCACCAGUUUCUCACAUAAGUGUGUUUCAGAGAGACACAUACUUGACAUUGUAAGCGUAACGUUACUGUGAGCGUUGAAGCAGUAAAUGUUACCAUUAUCACCUAUUUUGAACAUUAUAGAAUAAACUACUGUCACUGAAUUUCAGUUUUAUAGAUGUAUUGAGAAAUAUGUUUGUUGUACAAGCUCGAGCUGUAUAUUUAUCUACUGAAUCUGCCAUUUUAAAAUUAAAAAUCACA